GGCCCUUAUUUGAUCAGAAUGAUGGGUACGCCAAUCCUUUUCCGGUAGGAUCAUACUGGACAUGAUCGUGUUCACGGACAACGAUGCCCCCCGGUGUUCCCCGCUGGUGCUGAAGCCGUCCGGCUUGCUCGCCAAUGUGCCUCGACAACGUCCUCACACUGAGAGGCAUGAUCACGGCACACGGCCGCUUAUUAGCGAUCAUCUUUAGGGGCAAAAUAGUCUCAGGGCGCAUGAAGUCGAGACAAAUUUUCAGAACGGCUAGCCAUGCCGAUGUGGCGCUACAGACCUUCGGAUACGGGAGCUAGUAGAGAGCGCCCCUGAUGGUAACACCCCGAAGGCAAGAAACAAGGCAGUGCACCGCAAGGCUACGUUGGAGGCGUAUAUAAAGAUCUACAUCCUCGAAACUCAUUCUUCGUUCAGUCCUUCCGUUCUUCUGAACGUCUUCCCUUUCCAGCGGUCUGCGAUCGCCAGCCUUUCGACUUUCUUCAGUGACCUGGGGUCCACAUCCAGACAUCCUAUCCUCAUAGCGUAGACCGCCUAAACCGUUACGACCACCAUGAAGUUCUCCGUAAUUGUCGCUCUUUCCAUGGCUCUUGCUGCGUCGGCUAGGCCGAGGUACCUCGGUCGCCGCGCGGACUUCACUCUCAAGAAUGGUCAGGAUGCCAUCGCUCUGAACCAGAAGUUCGCGACGCUCACCCCUGACUCACCUUGUAACGCGGGCGAUCAGGCCUGCGUGAAUGACCAGUUCGCGCAAUGCGUGGGCGGCAAGUUUGUGCUCCAGCCUUGCGCAGGAGGAACUGUCUGCGCGGCCCUCCCUCUCGUGAACUCGCCCGGUACUAGUAUCACCUGCGACACUGCAGCGGACCGUGAUGCGCGCAUUGCCGCGACCGGUGCGACGGCUGGCAGCGCUGCACCCCCGCCCCCGGCGUCGUCCUCUUCUGCUGCCCCUCCUGCUGCCAGUAGUGCCGCUGCCGGUAACAACGCGGCCGGUGGCAAUGCUGCUGGUGCGGAUGCCCAGACGUCGUUGACGCUUCUCCAGUCCGUCAUCGCGACGGGCUUCGAGCAAGACGGCCAGGCCACACCUGAGGCUGGCCAGGUUGCCUCGCUCACGUCAUCGAACAACUUCAUCAACUUCUGCGCGACGGUGCCCAACCUGCCCAUCACGAACGGGCAGCAGAUCAAGACCGGCUCCUGCAACCCCGCGCCGAUGGGCAUCAUCGCCUCGACGGCCAACAUGCCGUCCUCGAAGUUCGUGAACCCCAAGAACGGCGCGACCCUGCCCGCGAACACGAACUUCACGAUUCAGAUGGCGAUCAAGAACCUCGAGACCGGCAACUUCGUCAACGCGAACAACAACUACUUCGCGGCCCCCCAGCAGAUCAACGCGCAAGGCAAUAUCAAGGGGCACUCGCACGUUGUGGUUGAGGCCAUCCCCGCGCUCGACAGCACCACGCCCACGGACCCCACCGCGUUCGCCUUCUUCAAGGGUCUCAACAACCCCGCUGAUGGCAACGGCAUUCUCUCCGUUGAGGUCCCCGGUGGUCUCCCUGCUGGAACCUACCGUAUUGCGUCCAUCAACACUGCUGCCAACCACCAGCCUGCGCUCGUCGCCGUUGCUCAGCAUGGUACCCUCGACGAUAUGGCCUACUUCACUGUUCAGUGAACAUAAGAUCCCCCACACUCGUUUCGUAUGAUUAUUGAUGGUCCGGUCGUACUUACGCUAUUUAUUGAGGAGUCCUUUGGAUGAUCUGGCAGUAGAGCGGGGAGCCCGAUCUGCAUGCUGCUCCCAUAUACCUACUCUUUGUAUCCCUAGACAGUCGCUGAAAGUUAUAGUCGAAUGCGCC